AUGGCAACGACAAAUUUUCCUGGUCAUGCCAGGAUUACCAGCGGUGAUUUCUCCGAGAGUUCGCUGGUCGAGACAAUCGUACCUGCAGCCUCAUCGGUUGAUAUCAACCAGCUAUUGGACGCGUGGGAUGGCUCUAGAAACGAACAGAGCCCGUCUAUUCUGCCAUUUGUUCCGCAAAGGCAAUUCAUGUUCUUUGAUGAACUUGUUCCCGUAUACAUCGUGCUACGAGCGCCUUUUAUCGACGAAAGCACUUUGAGAUCUUAUCUCACUAGGCUGGCACUUACUCUUGAAGCUUAUGCUACGACGACUGUUCCUGUAUCUCACCAAGGCCCGGGUCAUCCGCCCCACGCGCCUCCAUUAAAGGAGCUUUUGCAUGCCGUCACUAUCGAAAACCCUGCAACUCCCGAGCUGUUUUUUCAAAAGACAGUUGAACGUGAGAGGGGAGGACAGCUACAGUACACCUUCGUCGCGUGGAAGGCCGAAGUCUUCCUUGGACACCCACGCUCGAGGCUACCCAAGCCUGUAAUUUACUUUUCGGUUGGUGCCUCGUUGAAGCCUGUACAACAGAUUGAGGCGAAGCUACUAGACGAUGAGUAUCUACCCAGCUUGGUGCCUUUGUCCGGGAAUUUGCUCGACUCCUUUGCUAGAGACUCUACUCUCGAAGGUGUCAAGCCUCAUCUCUCAGCAUCUCGAAUCACCAAGGUUGCUCCAAGCGCUGCGGUGGAACGGGAGCUUCUACGCCCGUUGCAAAGUGCCAGCCGCCGUAUGUUUCGCGCUGUGCCAGCGCUAGCAUGGAGGAUAAGGUACACAAAAAGCCAUGGUCCAGUAAAUGACCUUUCAAUCUUUGCAUCAUUCGACUUUGAAAUCACCGGAAUAGCUGGUUACAGCCUACGGUUCGACAAAAUGGACCUUGGGCUGACAGAUGGGCGGGUGGAACCAUGCGGCUAUCAACUUGGAGCUGGCCUUGGCAACAUCUACAAAUCAGGAGACCAGGUGGCCUUACUUUAUAGGCUCGUUCCAGAGCGGGGUCCUGAGGAAUAUACCGCCCCUGUGGCAGUACACGCCUUAGACGUCCAGAUAAGAGCCAGAGUACUCAUAUCAGAAGACUGUCAGCCUGCCGUCGCCAUAGAUUGGAGAACAAACGUGGACAUAGGCGCAAUCCUGAAGUCAAAGCUAAAAGUCCCUGAUCAUCUUCUCGGACACUCUCCUCGCGACCAUUCAUUCUCGAGAAGCAUAACUAGCCUUGGCUCACCUACAAGCCUACCAGGUCCGGACUCUUUACCCUACCUUGACGCGGCGCAACAAGAAGUGAUGCCACCCGGCUCGGUCGAAAUCGCGGUAACGGUUUCGGGUCCAGAUCGUGUCUAUGUCAUGGAACCUUUCAAAUGGGAUAUUUUCGUCGUCAACCGGUCCGACAAGGCACGUCAACUUGCAUUCGAGGUCAUUUUCAAACAAAAGAAUCCAGGGGAAGCAAAUGAUAUAUUUCUUUCUAGGUCUAGAGGACUACAAAUAGGGUAA